AGGAUGUAACGCACGUGUCGCCUCAUCCCUGCGCCAUAUCAUGCCAUGUUAGGUCAAGAGACGACCGACGUCCCCGACAUCGACUCCAUAUCCCUAGACGAACUGAUAAUAUCAGAUACAACUGCUGAGUCAGCUGUGAAAUGCAGGAACAUUCCUGUCCCUUCCAACUCACCAGAUCUUAUCGAACAGGAGUUUUACGAGGAAGAUUCAGUAUUUCCUGAGAAUUACUCCGCAAGACCCUCCAGACGUAACGCUGCUCACGAUGUCUUCCAACUCAACAACGUUCUUUAUGGACCAGACCUGGAAGUGGACCCGGAAGCACAAGCAGGGUUUGACACCACCUCAGGGUUUGACACCACCUCAGGGUUUGACACCACCUCUUCAGUACCCGCCACUGACUCUGGUAUCUCUGUUAGUGGAGCUUCUGAUGAGUUCCCUUACGCUGACCUAGCUACUAUCGACAGGAUGGUGAACAGUCCAGGCUGGAAAGUACCGGUAGAACCAGGACAGGAGCUAGAGCGGCUUCUCAAAGCUUGUCUUGAACUGGCCAGAUCGGAGCAAGACGACGAGAACGAGGCCUGCCAAAAGUUCUACCAGGAAACUCUAUCUAACUCCUUUCUUAAGGUUCUCACUGACAGUGCUGUAAACAGCUGGACUCCUGAAAUUCAGGGCUACAUAUUUGAUAACUCAGUACUGUUGGUAAAACUAAUGGCAGUGAAGAUGAGGAGUGAAAAUAUAGCCCUUCUGAGACUGAUGGCCAUCGUUUUUAACCCUACAUCCAAGUUUCACCACUACAACGCCUCCCAACCCAGCAAAACUGUCCCACCCUCGUCCCAAAUUCCCGGAGCUGACAUCUUCGCUCGUCCCACUGACUUCCGGGUCCCGAAGGGAUGGCUGGUGGACCUGAUCAACAACUUCGGGAGUGAUGAAGGGUUUCAGAAUGUUCUAGAUCAGUUCAAAGCUUUUGCUAAUCCAUCCUUAGAGCUAGUAUCAGCAUAUCUCAAGCCGUUUGGUCUGUGUAUUGACCUGCUAACCUCAUCCUGCGUGCAAACGUAUCUAGUACCCUGUACCCUUAUUGUUACAAAUUACGUUUCCAACCUGUCGGACGAGCAGCUAAAGAAAGAGACAAAAGUGGAGACAAGAAAUGAUACUCUCUCCGGCCUGAUACAGACACUGAAGAUGAUACUCCAUCGGGCACCCCAGGACAAGAAGAAGUUGGUCCAAGGUGUGGAAAUUCUUCAUUUGGAUCUUUUACUGAAACUCAUCAAAACGAGCAGCUUCAACGGGAAAAUGAAUGCGCUAAAUGAACUAAACAGGAUCAUUACUCCUUUCCUUUUUAACCGGAGACAGAACCAAGACUCGGACAGUAUUACCUCCGAGGACCUGGGAUGUUGGCUAAAAGAUCAGAAGAUUCUUAACGUUGUGUUCACCGACUACCUCCACCUGCCACAAUACGUUGAGAAACUUGACAAAACCCUCAAGUUUUUAAUACACGAGGACAAGUUGACAACAGCAGACAUAGACCUCAUAUGGGAUGCUCAGAUCGACAAACACGAGGCAAUCGUAAAGAAUAUUCACGAUCUUCUGGCUAAGUUAGCCUGGGUGCUGAACCCCGACUCUCUGGAUGCUAUCUUUAUCAGAUUCCAGAGGAGUUGGGAGACUGCCAAUCAUAAGACUAAGGAGAAACUUCUAGAACUUAUGGGAAGACUGGCAGAGGACGAUAAGGAAGGAGUAAUCUCUGACAAAGUGCUCCAAGUGCUGUGGAUACUGAUAACAGGCCGAGACAGCAGCACCGAGAUUAUAGAUCUAGCACUCUCAACUCACAUCAAAAUACUCAACUACAUCUACUCUCAUGAUAAGGACAAACAGAGGCUGUAUUGGAUUGAGAAGUGUAUUCAGAACAUCCGACACCAUCAUUGCGUGGUUGCUUCUCUGAAGCAUCUCCGAGAGAUGUGUAAACUUUACUCUGAAUCUCACCACGGAUACGGCUAUGUUCACAAGAUGAAGCAACUAGAGCGAGAUAACACCCUCAUCCAGCUUGUCAUCAACGACAUAGAGUUCUACCUGGACCAGACGAAGAAAUUGCCGGAUAUUGAGACUUGUAAGCCGACUGAAGUACUUUCUACUAGAUGCUAUUCCCACGUUGACGAGCUUAACGAACGGCUGGAGUUCAUCAGGUUCACAUUGAAACACGCCAACUGUUAUUUGUCACUUACCCAUGCUAUGCAACUCUGGAAACACUUGACUACUCACAGAAUAUAUCCUUCCGACAUGGACAUCAUCUUCAGAUGGUUUGGAGAGUUAGUGGGGGAAGACUCAGACAUAGAGGCCUGUGUUAGUAGGCAACUGUUCGUGGAGAAAAUGUUAGCACUCGACCCUGCCACCUACACCGAACCAGGACUAAGAUGUUUCGAGAACUAUUUCAAAGAAGUUAAUGAGAAUGAGAUCAGAGAAACAAAGAACAGUCAGAAACUACCGGAUGAGGAAUGCGAACCUUUUAUUGGAACUGAUUACAUCUGGCGAUUAGUGAUAGAAGGUAGAGAGGAGCUGACUGAGUAUUCUAUAGCACUUCUCAAAGAUAUCUACAGUAGUGCUACUGUUACUAACCAGUUUGUUAGACAUAACGAGUUUAUCAAGACGUGUUUCACGAAAGCUCGGCAAUGUUUUUAUCAAUACGAGGUCCAGCAGUACCCAAAGCUCCUGGCUAGACAGACAAUCAGAAUACUGCACGUGCUUAGGGAGUAUGUGGUGGACAACAUGGACAAAAGUGUGACCGGGGUGGUACAUGAGGGUAUGACAACACCCUCACACGAACGAUCCUGGCAGGGAAUACCUGUCAUCAUCAUCGCACAGCUACUUGGACCUCACGAUAAGGUGCUGGAGAAUAUAGAAGUCCUAACGCACACUAACGAAACUCUAGGAACCAUCAGAAGGAACCUUGUAGCUCACAUUUGUAAGAACGAGGUUCCACCAACACCCCCUCACAUACAGCUGAAAGUUAACAACGAGGAACUGGCGCCGUCACUGGACAGAAAGGCCCUGAUACAGCUAGAUCUAAAAGACAGACAAGUGCUGACUGUCCGUGUGAUGACGUCACUCCACAUCAACUCUCCCAGCAGUUCCAGUACCAGCUCCGCCGAUCUCUUUAACAGUCCUUGUAGUCCUAUCAAGCAGACCAAGUACAUCCCGUGGUUAUUGUACGUGAGCGACGUUGCAAUGCAUCACAAGCAGAUAGACCUAUGUGAUGCUGUCACUGCUAUCCUCAACAUAUUCCCUACAGAUAUGGAGAUAGAGCAGGAUAUAACAGAGCUAGCUGCUACUCAGGCUACCGAGGUGGUACAAUCACAAGAUGAGAACACAGAGACUCCAGCUCCAGCAGCAACAGACAGCUCCCUCUCCACCGCUAUAUUCCUGGACUCCAACUGUGGUGGAGUGAGGUACAAGCUAGAGAUAGUGUACGCGUUACUCAUGCCUGCUGUUCCCUCAGCUAAGAGUGUCAAGUUCAGAACAGACUUCAUUCUAGCUGGUGGUGUAGAAACAGUUUUAUCUCUACUGCAAAACGAGCGAUUCCUCUGUGGAGCAGAUAAACAAACGAGGAGGAGCUGUCUGCAUAUCUUUGCGAAGAUAACAAAGUUUGUUCUCACCACCCUGUGUUAUGGCACUCUUGCUUUGUUCAAGAAGAAUACUCCGUCAUCUCGAGCCGCUCUGAACCUCCAGAACUCUCUCACCAGCAUUCCCAACCCUGCAAUUGAACGUGUGCUAAGGAACGCAGCACAUCACACCGUACAGAAUGAACUCGUGUUAGAGAGACUACAAAAGAAUGAGCAAGCUGUCCCUACCUUGAAGUAUAUCCAGGCGAUAUUUCGUUUGACACGAAGAUGCGCGUUUGGGUACGACUUGCUACCACAUCCUAUUAUAGUAAAUGAGGCUACAAUCAACAACAACAUACUUUUUGAGGAUGUCUGGCUGGCCCAGGAGCUGAUGGAGAAUCUGACGAUUUGUUUCAUGCAUCAGCCUCUUAUCCUGGAGGACCUGUUGGUGAACGAGGAAUUCAAGGAAUUUAUCGUAAACAUGAUACUCGUGUGCUCCAGUCAGUUUGUCCGACAGGUAGUAUCGGAUCAGCUCUAUAUAAUGUGUGUAAAGUGUUGCGUGGCUGGGAAAAGCGUCCUCGAUGUUAUCAAGCUUUUAUUUGAUAACCUUCACAAGACAGAGGACUAUGGUGAUAACAGUUGUUUCUACUUCGGACUACUCAGUAGAAUCCUUGCCUGUGCUGCACAUCAUAAUAUAAUCGUUUGUAACAGCGACUCCCUCCUAGAACAAGAGGUCGCAUGGUUAAAGAGUAUAGAACAUCAUAACAAGUUUCAUCCUCUCAACGAAACACUUCUCAAAGGGCAUCUCCAGAUCUGUCGAGAGCUGGUUUCAAUCUCUUCUCUGCCCACUAAACUGUUGCUAGGUAGCCAAGAUAACGGACCUUUACUUCUUCCCUCUCUCCUCUUCAAUUAUCUCUUCCCCGCAAGCAAGAUGUUGUUGGAUCAGAGAAGGUUUCCUGAUAUUGAGAUUAGAGACGAUCUUCCAAUCUGCCAGACCCCUCAAACACAGGAAGCUGCAUUUAAUCUAGUUGGAGCACUGUGUAAAGGCUGCUUAGAAAACCUUGGAUUUGUCGUUAACUCCACGAAAGAGCUGUUCUACUCCGAACAGAACUUACUCAACUCAUGGGAAUUUCCACCUUCUAUCCACCCUAGGAACCCAAAAGGAUUUGUUGGACUAAAGAACGGCGGAGCGACCUGUUACAUGAACGCAGUUCUGCAACAGCUCUACAUGAUCCCUCAUAUCCGAGCUAACCUGCUUUCUUUGCCGUGUUUGGAGGAGGAUGGCAGAGAAGAGGAGGAGGAGGACGAAAGGAAGGAGGGGAAGGAGGGCGAGGAGGGGGAGAUGUCCCCAGCUAAGCUUCAUCACCUCGGUGUUGCUAAACAGGUUCAAUCAAUAUUCUGUGCUCUAAAAGAAUCAAAACACCAAUACUACACCCCUGACGGUUUCUGGAGAGCGUUUAAACUGUGGGGAGAGCCGGUGAACCUGCGGGAGCAACACGAUAGUCUGGAGUUCUUCAACGCUCUUCUCGAUAACCUGGUCGAGGGAACUAAAGCUCUCCAACAGCCGCCUUUUAUAACGGAGAUGCUGGAGGGGAGCUUCGCUGAUCAGAAGAUUUGUAAAGAUUGUCCUCACAGGUACACACGGAUAGAACCUUUUCUUUCUAUUUCUGUAGAUGUUAGGAACCACGAGAAUCUCACAGAUAGUUUGGAUGAAUUCGUUAAGGGUGACCUGUUAGAAGGGAACAAUGCGUACCACUGUGAACUGUGUGACAAGAAGGUAGACACCGUGAAACGGCUCUGUUUCCAGCGACUGCCAAACAUCUUGGCUAUUCAACUCAAACGGUUUGGCUAUGAUUGGGAGAGGGAGUGUGCUGUAAAGUAUAACGACUAUUUCGAGUUCCCUGACACCCUAUCAAUGGAGAGGUACACUGUGGACUUCCUGUCCAGGAUUGAGGAGACCGCUGCUCAUCAGAUGAUCGAGACAGGUGAUAGACAAGACAUUCCGACUCCAUCAGACCACUCAAACUAUCGACUGGUGGGUGUGGUUGUACACAGUGGUCAGGCGAGUGGUGGUCACUAUUACAGCUACAUAAAGCAGAGGAUUGACGAGGAGAGUGGUGUGGUAGAUAAGUGGUACAGGUUCGAUGAUGUGGAUGUUUCCGAGUGUAAUGUUGAUCAGGAGGGUCAGAUGGCUCGACUCUGUUUCGGAGGAGACAGCAAUGACGCAGACUCUCCCGACAAGAAACCAAUCGGUCGGGCUCAGAAGAGGUGGUGGAACGCCUACAUUCUCUUCUACGAAAGAGUGGAACCCACUCCACCGGAACCAGCACCCGCUGAGGAGCUGGCUGGAGAGGGUGAUGAUGUGAAGGUGAUUUGUGAGGGGGUGAUGGAUCUUAAUUUGAAGUACGACCCUCCGGCUGUGUUGGUUAGACAAGUCCGACAGGAGAAUCUCACUUUCUUUCAUCAGCGAGCACUCUACUCAGCCGAGUUUGCACAGUACAUAAAGUACGUAGUGUUACCCAACGUGGUCUACAACAACGCCACUACCACCCCUGAGACCAGCUUAAUCAGUGAGACUUCCACGUACGGCUCAUCUGAACAGAUAGCUCUCGACUGUCUUGAUCUCUUGGCUUCCUAUCUGUUUCAGACAGGUUUCCUGUGUAAGAAAGCAGUGAGAGGACGUAUAGAAGAGUGGCAGGAUAUUCUCCUGAACCUGCUGCAAUCUAGUGAUGUGUGCAGGAGGUGGUUUGCAGCUAACUACCUGUUUAAUACCCCGAACAGAUUCUACCAGUACCUGCUAGAUUGCCCUAUGUCCGAUGUUAGAGCCUCGUUUGCCUUCAUCAUAGUAACCCUGGCUAAACUUAGCAUCCCCGACCCACCACUUUCUCUUUCGGAGCUUAACGCCUGGACAGCUGACGGGUAUAGUUACGGUAUAGACUUCCUAGGACCGCUCUCCCUGCACAUUAUUAGCGGAUGCUAUGCUAUCCUAAACGCAGGGCGCAUUGACUACAGUAAAAAUCUACAACAAUUGUUCCACGUGUUCUACUGUUUUAUGAAAGGAGGGAUCGCUGAGCGACAACAGUUACUGAAACUCGGAGUACACAAGAGGUUUAUGAGGAUACUACUCGAAGAAGGUUCCAGUAUGCGAGCACAAUACAACGACACAUCAGCCCUACACAACGUCAUAUCAGUUCUCCUUUGUUCCGUCGACCUCAUCUCACUCCGGCAGAACAGUUCCGGAUUACCUCCGGACAUCCCCUGUCCGGUUAAUAACUUCCAGAUACUACAGAGAACGUUAGACCAUGAUACCAAGCAACUGCUUAUCUCUGAUAACUACUCCUAUCUUAGAAAACUGCUGGAGGAGCCUACUGUUAUGGAGCUGGAGGACAUUGUACAGAUGAUAAAGCACGUAAGCUGGGAGAAUGCUAAAGCGAGCAAGGUGGUUUUGUCAGAGUUACUGUAUUACGUCUCGUCUGUUCACAGCUCUGAUAUGAAACCGUACCUUGUGUUCCUACUUCAUAUACUUCUUAUCCAAGAUUCGUGGCAACGGAAACGGAUCCAGCUGGUUCUGAAAGGAGGUCCAGAGCGUGACACUCUCCUGGACAUUAUACAGCGCAGCAAGUCUCAUCACCAGAAGCGAGCUUAUCAGUGUAUGAAGUGUCUUACUAACCUACUCUCUGCCAGCACUCUUGCUGCUGAGAUAUUCUUUGAAGAUGCUGACAAUAAAUUCAGAUGGGAAGGAGCUGUGAAUUGGCUUGGAGUGCAGCUUGAACGUCGGCCAGGUUACCAUGGAAACAAUCCUGGCAGUUGGGGAAACCUCUCUAAUGAAACCGGGAACGACUUUUACAUCGAGAGGAGUAACUCAGCGGUCCUCGUUCAUCAAAAGGCAGAGGCAUUGCUGCCAAACGACAGCGAUGAAGGGGAAUCUCUUAGCGAGGAAGAUUCCAAAAACUUGAGCGUGGAAGAUAGCAUCCAAAAUACGAGUGGCAGCACCCAAAAUACUAGUGGCAGCGCCCAAAAUACGAGUGGUAGCACCCAAAAUACGAGUGGUAGUACCCAAAAUACGAGUGGCAGCACCCAAAAUACGAGUGGUAGUACCCAAAAUACGAGUGGAAGCACUCAAAACACGAGUUCUAGCACGCAAAACUCGAGUUCUAGCAGUAGCACCCAGAACAACAGCGAACUUAACUUAUCAGUUCACUCACAAGACUUGAGCGACGCGCAGGACACGAGCGUGCUGAGCCUGGAGAGAAACUCACUCUCAGAUGUGGAAACUUCUCGAGGCUCUUCCGGCGACUGUGACACUUCUGUUGAUGCGGAGUGAUCGCGUGUCAGAUACCUUCACAUCAUGUUGAUUGUAAAGCCUCAUCGUUAUUCCGUUCGUUUUGAAUUCAAAGUGAUCAAGCAAAAAUGUUAAAUAAUCUAGCCAAAUCUGAGAACUUUUCAUUCCGAUUGAUUAUAUCUUCGUGCUAAGAGUCUGAAAGAUCUAUUUAUAGAUCCUGGGAAUGAGAGUGUUUACUCUGUUCGGUACUGCGGCAAGCUGUUUAAUUGGUUCUAGUUUUCGUUGUGUAUUAUUAUUGUCACGUGAUCAUGUUGAGGAGCUGCCCCUUUAAGAAUAUGUGAAAUAUGGACCUCCAAAGCACUAAUACCAUGAUAACAGAGAUUUGUCUAUUUCAAUUUUGUUCCUUCCAAAAGGCCACAAAUGGUUAUAUGAUACAGGGUGCUCCAGAAUUAAUGCACCUGCGAGUUUAAUAAGGCAUAAAUAAUAGUUGAAAAUAUGUUUUAUACCCUCCAUGUAUAGAACCUACAGAUUUCUACCUUAAUUCUGGAUCAUUCUGUUCGUUAUCUAGUGUGAAGUAUAGGUUUGAGAUAGGGUUCUUCCUUAAAUCACAAACUUUUACUCCGUAAUUAUUCGUGACGUAGGGUACCGUGUUAUUACUGUUACUGUUACUUAAAUUAUCAUAUUUCGUUACCAUUAUUUUACAAGCUCAAUCUUCAUAUCAAGACGUGUUAGUUACGUCAAUUUCAUUACCACCCAUUAUUGAGGUUUGAUUCAAUAUUCAGAUUGGCUGUUAAAUAGUUACCGUCUCAAUCAUAAUGAUAAAGUUGUGAGGCUGAGAGUGGGGUUACUCCUUAAUCUCUGAUCAUUUUAAAUAUCCAGAUCGGCCGCUGUGGUUACAGACCAUGCGCCGUGUAUAACUUAUCGCGUUUAUAUAACGCUUAUAUAUGUAUAAUGUUUCGUUGUUACUUAUUUGAUCACAAUAUACUGAUGCUGGGUAGGUCUAUGAUUUUAUUUGGCUACAAAACUUAAUUUAACCUUCUGGAAGAAGGAUUAAUUUUUAUAUUUUUAUUAAUUUUUCUGCCGCAAGUUUUGGCGGUAUUUUAAAACGUCAACAAUUAUUGUAAAAAUAUGUACAUCAGGAAUCAAAGGACUUUGGAUGAUGAUUAAAAAAACUAUUUAUAAGUAUAACUUAUUUUCAAUGUUAAAUGUUGUGAAAAUUUCAGGCGUCAUACUAAUUGUAAUGUGUAGGCUAAGUUCUUAAGAUUUGCAAAGCAAA